UGGUGGGUCGACGUCGUGAAGCAGACCUUCAGGCUCUCGGGCGUGCAGGAGGACGGGAUCCUAACCCUGAUGGCACAAAACCUCUACCGUGACUACUGCAGCGCCCAGAACUGGGAGGUGCUGCCAGGAGCUGCAGAGACCCUGAGCCAGUGCCACCAGCGCGGCUUCCACAUGGGGGUCGUCUCCAACUUCGAUAAGCGGCUGGAAAACAUCCUCUCCCGGUGCAACCUGCGGCACCACUUCGAAUUCGUCCUCACUUCUGAGGACGUAGGCUUCGCCAAGCCAGACGGGAGGAUCUUUGAGAAAGCCCUGCGCCUCGGUGGGGUCCCCCCGGAGCAGGCGGCUCACAUUGGGGAUGACUACGUGCGAGAUUACAGGGCGGCCCGAGCCGUGGGCAUGCACAGCUUUCUUCUCCGGGCUGCCGGGCAGGGUGAGGAGCCAGAGGUACCCCCGGAGCACAUCCUGCCCACGCUCAGCCACCUCUUGGCUCUUAUUGAGAAGGGGUAG